AUGGAAACGCUUGAAACUGACCCACCAUUAACCCCAACUAGUUUAUUUUACGUAAGAAUGAAUGACGGAGAUGAUGGAAAUGAAAAUGAAGAGGACCACAGAAAUGUCAACCACGACUCUUCCGCCGAAUCUACACAUGAAAAAGAAGAUUUAAGUAUACUUCAGGCUGUGGUAUUUAUUGAAGAUGCUGCUAAGUACAGAGAUAUUCGACACAAGAUUGACAGAAAUGCUUUACGAGUGUACAGGAUCUAUCACAGUAAACCCAUUGAAGUGUUCCGAACAAUGGUCAUCUGUAUAAUUCACCUGCUGGCAUUCUUUGAGUUUCCAUCUUCUCUCACUUGGACCUCAGACAUCCGUUUCCGCGGUGAAAGAAUCACACUUCCAUGUGGUAUCACGGAGAGCAUUGAGCUUGUCUGUUUACUAUUACUGUUGGCAGAUGUUUGUAUAAAGAUCCACCUGAUUGGUAAGGUGGAAGUACUGAAGAAGAAAUGGCUUGUUGCUGCUGUAUUCAUUCUCGCCUUCUCACUGAUUGAUUGGAUGGUCACCAUUGGCUUGAGUUGUACUGAGACAAAACGAUUCCGCAGGAUUGUUCGCCCUUUCUUCCUAAUUUCCAAUUCAAACUUGAUGAAGAAGACUGUUAAGUGUGUACAGAGAACUCUACCUGAAGUAGCAAGUGUACUGUUGUUGCUUGCUCUACACUUAUAUGUCUUCACACUUCUUGGGAUGUUACUAUUUCCCACACCCAGAGAUAUACACAAACCUAGUAACAAUUCUAUGGAGAUUUUCCUGGUGGGGAACAGUUCUAAUAGUACCACUUUAUCACCUAUAUCUAAUACAACACUGUCACCAGUAGCACAAGAAGGAAGUACCUACUUCAGGACCAUAUCCAAUGCUUUUAUGAAUUUAUUGGUUUUACUAACAACAGCUAAUAAUCCAGAUGUCAUGAUGCCUGCAUACCAAAACAACAGAUUUUAUGCAUUAUAUUUCAUAACCUUCCUGUUGAUUGGCAACUAUUGUUUUAUGAAUAUGUUUUUGGCUGUGAUCUACAACCAGUUCAGAGGAUACUUUAAGACUUCAAUGCAAGCUAGUCUGUUGAGACGAAGAGUUGGAGUACGAGCUGCUUAUGAGGUGCUGAAAGAUAGAGACCUCUACACCCACGUGUCUAGUUCUCCCGAGUCAGGUGUUGCCAUAGAAACAGUCAGAUUGGUACUGGAGGAUGUUACAUUACCCAAGAAAGUCAAAAGGGCCAUAUCCCAGGACCUGAAUGAGAGACAAACAAACCAAGUCAGCAGUUUAAAGAAUCUACAGUUUCAGGAGUGUUUUGAUCUGAUAGUGAAAGAAUCCUUCACUCGCCAUAAACCAGAAGUGCGAUGGCUGUACAACCCAAUCCUUCGUCGGUUACAGCGUGUGAUCGCCCACCGAUUCUACAACUACUUUGGCAAUGUGGUGGCUCUUUUUAAUGUCAUCAUGAUUUCAGUGGAACUUGCUACUCAGUAUGACAAAUCACUGAACUCCAAUAAAUCUGCUUUAAAUAUUGUGAACUUUGCCUUCAUUUUGUAUUACCUAUUUGAGCAAACAUUCAAGCUAGCUGCACUGGGAUGGAAACGUUAUGUGUAUGAAAGAUGGAACAUAUUUGAUGGCAUCACCACCGUUUUCCUUGUGAUAGUAGAAAUAUUUUCUAUUGCCAAAUAUGGUCUUCCAUUAUCAAAGUCAGGAGAAGUACACGACCAGCUUAGUCUUUGGAAUGCUGUCCGCAUCAUCAACAUUCUCAUCAUGGUGCGCCUGUUUAGAAUUAUACCUCACAUAAAGGCGAUGUCUAUUGUUGCAAACACUCUUGUGGAUCUCAUAAAGAAUCUAAAGGCUUUCGCUGGUAUCCUUGUGGUGAUAUAUUAUUCCUUUGCUAUACUGGGUAUAGAGAUCUUCCAUGAUGUUAUAACAUACACAGAGGAAAAUAGCACAGCAACAAUGGGCCUUGUCUAUGAUUGUGGGACCUACCAACAGCUAGAGUACUGGGCAAACAACUUUGAUGACUUUGCUGCAGCCAUCGUUGUAUUAUGGGAUGUAAUGGUUGUUAAUAACUGGAGUAUUUUCCUAGCAGCGUACGCCAAAGCUCUGUCUCAGUGGAGCUAUAUAUACUUCAUAGUGUGGUGGCUGGUUUCGGUACUUUUAGUAUUACAGUUGUUUACAGCCCUCAUUAUUGAGAACUUCAUCAUGAAGUGGGAUCGAAGUAGUCGACAUGAGGAGGCGGGAAGGAAUGAGGACCAGGGCAACAACAGUUUUACAGAAUCUCUUCACUACAUGUCACUCCACGAAAUGUUCAGAGAAAAUUUGGAAGAACCUUCAGAAUCUGUGAUUCUACAGGAAAUUAAUGGACACAAAUUCCUGAAUUUAAGUAUAUCACAAACUUGAUAAUCAAAAUGAGGUGAUGUACACCCCUAUCUAUCUGUCUUCCUUUUUAUUUUUGAGAUACUAUGCUUGUAAUACUCUACCUGUAUACCUUUAUAGA